AUGGGCGCGGCGGGCUCCAGGCUGGAGAAGGCGCUGGGCGAGCAGUUCCCCGAGGGCGAGCGCUACUUCGGCCUCGAGAACUUCGGCAACACCUGCUACUGCAACAGCGUGCUGCAGGCACUUUAUUUUUGUGUUCCUUUCCGUGAUCAAUUGCUGGAGUACUAUGCAAACAAUAAAAACACCGGAGAUGUUGAAGAGAACAUGCUAACCUGCCUGGCUGAUCUGUUCUCUCAGGAUGCUCACGAGUUUCUGAAUUUUUUACUGAAUGAGCUAGUUGACAUUCUAGAGAAGGAACAUAAUGCUGCAAGAGAGUCUCUUCAAAAUAUCUCGUUCCCAAAGAAUUCAAAUGGUCCUAUUGAUGGCCAACCCAAUGGUAGUCACAAAGAAUUAGCUGCCACAUGGGUUCAUAAAUGCUUCCAGGGAAUAUUGACUAACGAAACAAGGUGUCUGAGAUGUGAAACUGUGACUGAUAGAGAUGAAACAUUUUUUGACCUGAGCCUGGACAUUGAACAGAAUAGUUCACUCACCAGCUGUCUUAAGAACUUCAGCUCAACAGAGACUUUGAAUGCUGAGGACAAGUUCUUCUGUGACAAAUGCUGCAGUUUACAGGAAGCACAAAAAAGGAUGAAGAUAAAAAAACCACCAAACAUCCUAGUAAUUCAUCUCAAGCGGUUCAAGUAUAUUGAGCAGCUUCAGCGCUACAAAAAACUAUCAUACCGAGUGGUUUUCCCACUGGAGCUUAAACUUCUUAACACAGUUGAUAAUUCGGACUUGGAAUACUCCCUAUUCGCUGUGGUAGUUCAUGUUGGAAGUGGGCCAAAUCAUGGCCACUAUAUCAGUUUAGUUAAGAGCCACAAUCAUUGGUUAUUCUUUGAUGACGAGAACGUUGAGAUGACUGAUGAGUCCAUGGUACAGGCAUUCUUUGGCUCACCGCAGGAGUUCAGUGGUAACACUGAUAAUGGCUACAUACUCUUCUAUGAAAGCCUUGCUGAAAGAAGUUGA